UUUCGUAACCUGUUACAGUAAGUGUUUGUGAAACUCCAGGCGGCAGGACUGAACAUAGUGUGCUCCCCCUCAACAUAUUUGGAUCGCUGCGCUGCACCGGUCAGGAGCAGCCCCACUCACAGCUGGAACAAACCAUUUCACCGUCCGGAGGGGGGGUGUCCGCGGUGUACAGACCUAACAGGAAGCGCGGAGGUAGGAAGCGUGAUGUCGGAUUGUGAACGAUUACUGCUUUCUAGAGACGAACCUGUGAAAGCUUAAUAUGCAGGUUUCAAGUGUUCACUUGAGGGUUUAAUAGAAGAGCAACAUCAGACUCAAACCACGCCUGAGCUCCCUGCAGUUACAGCGGUACGUUGUCAUGAGUGUUACAUAUGUAUCCUUCACUGUAUUCAUAACCGGGCUCGUAGCUGAGCUCACGUGGUGCCUCAGUACCGUUAUCGCUUCAUAUCACUCUCAUUCUAUUAUAGUGGUUUCGGAAAGGCAGGUGGCUGCUUUUCUGUGUCCAUUAUGACAACAAUGUUUGGUCACAUGGCACAACAUGGGGAUAAUGUACAGGGGGGGAAGAGUUAAAUGGGGUCACGGCACGUACAUGGCAGCAAAGCAAGCAAGUUCUCUAGAAUUAACCUAAAAUCUGGUCAGCUUCUUCAAGGUAAUACUACAAAACCAGCUUAAUGUAACACUGAACCUCCACUAUGACACAUGGCAUAGCAGAAUUGGAGGACUACAACACCUAAAGCUCCCUCUUCAUAUUUACAUAAUAGCCUACAGACGACAUUAUGCAAAAAACGGGGGACAAAUGGUUAAAUUUGGGCUCUAUUUUUAUCUCUAAAUGACUUUGAAUGGCUGCAACAUCUUGUAGAAAAUGUGGACAGUCAGGCAAGACCACUUAAUUCGCAACUUGCUGGUUAAGUACCUGAUCAGAUCCCUUAAAACACUAGUUCAACGAAAGGAAGAUGCCUGACUUUAACCUGAGGCAGAUAUGGGAGUUGCUGGUCUACCACUGAUUUGCUUGUUUGUUCAUUUUACUCUGUGUUUUGGAGGUUCUAACUAGAGAUUCACCGAUCCAUUUUUUCCGAUCCAAUCCGAUAUCGAUACCUGGGCUGAGCGUAUCGGCUGAUAUCCAAUACCGAUCUAAUACUACUGUUGAAUGAAUGAAUUGUAUACCUUGCCUUGUGAGUGAAGGCAUCAGGCUUGACAUUAGCCUUGUUUAAAAAAAAAAAGGUAACAAAUUAACACAGAUGUAUAUUUAGUUAUUUAUUAACAAAUAACAAAUUGCACAUUAGCACUCAGCAAAAAGAAGUAAGACUUCCAUGUAAACAUUUCGUGCACAAGGCUAGACAGACAGAACAGAAUCACUGUGUCGCUAUGUAUGAUAUUAAUUAAAAAGGAAAAAAAAGACUGGAUCGGACAUCUGAUGAAUGAUGCUGAUCCAACGUUCCAAUCCAGUCUUUUUUUCCACGAGGAAGACGUGACGUUGACGAGCUAAACAUAAGUCUUAGAUGACUAAAAUGUGAUGAGACGAAUGUACGUUAACGUUGACGAGACGAGACUAGACAAAAACGUGAGUGGUGGACAACGAACAGAGUUGCAAAAUUCAUGAGCAUUUCGUCAGUCAAACGCUAAACAUAUAUUCUGCAGUGUUGAAAAUAUUUUGUCAACGUCAUUGGAUCGGACCAGUGUUGUUUUCGUUGACAGUUAAUUUGUCAAUAUUGGAGCCAGUAUCCGAUCCAAUAUCAGAUCGGUGCAUCCCUAGUUCUAACUGGUCGGUUUGGACUCAAAACAACACAAAUAGAGUGUAUUUCGAUUGAUAUUGAAAUCAUUAAGUAGUAAAAACUGUUCACCGUGGUUGGACAUUUGACUGUAGCACACACAGUUAAGCAAAAUACAAGCUCCUAAAACCUUUUAACUUUUUAGUCUUAUAGAAAGCAAACACACAAUAGGUGGCUUUUCAGACCCACAUGACUACUCUUGCUUCUUCCAUCGCAAACUGCAUAUUCCUAUACAUUGCAUAUGAAUAUUUUACCGCAUAAAUUAGUCUGUCUGUCUGGUUUAGGCCAGGCUACAAAUAGAUAUCCCCUCAGUCAUACAUAAGCUUUGUAAGUUUUUAUACACCAAAGUUUCCAUGAUGGGGAACAAAGACUUGCUCUGAUGAAAUGGUUUUCAUAGAGUCAUAGAGUCUGGACAGUCCCCGUCCAGAUGAGCGAGCUGAACUCCACUAAUGUAGUCCUUGAGUGUGCUGUGAGGCACAGAUAACAGACACACACCCACAAACGUCUGCCCUUGAGAUACACACAUACACCACAGAUAAGUGUGGUUACCAAACGGUCUGAAAAAACAGCUGAAUCUUUGUUCAGUCCUAGCUGUGAAGAUGUAAGCGGGCCUCGUUUUUAAUUUUUUUUUUUUAAUUUCUCUUCCUUAACAAAAAAAACUGAAAAAGUGUAAAAUCUGUUGUUUCAAAUCCUGUUUUCUAUUGUUGUUUUCAUCCAGGGGUGUGCUUGUGUCUCUACCUGAACCAGUCAUGGCUGAUAAAAUACCUCCAGAGCAGGAAAACCCGCUCCUUCACCACAGUGGACUCCCUAAUGGGAAAGAGAGCACCAAAGAGGGCCUGCAGGCUCGGGGACAGUGGGCCAGCAAGGCGGAGUUCCUCCUGGCUGUAGCGGGGCAGAUCAUCGGGCUGGGCAACGUCUGGAGGUUCCCAUACCUUUGCUACAAGAAUGGAGGAGGUGAGGAAUGCUGGAUGCUGGAGAUAAGGAGAAACGAAAGAAGAUUCAGAUUAGAAUAAGGACACAUGUCUUCGUUUUUUUAUCCAACUUGUUUUUCUUGUUUGGUGAAAGUAAAGAUGUCUCUUAACUGCUUUCUAGAGACAGGAUAUGAGUAAUUUCUAUUGACUGACAUCUUAAAGAUGGGUUCAUGACAGGAAGUUCUUCAAAUGUGCCUGUUCAUCGAUUUUUAUGUGUGAAAUAAACAACAGGAAGGGAAAAAUUACAGUUAAAACUGACGUUAAAUGUUAGUGCUGGCAUUGACUUAUCAAACAAAGGGAACCCCAGUAACAUGACUCUACUGUUUUUGUGUCUAGGUGUGUUCUUUGUCCCUUACCUGUUGUUCCUGGUCCUGUGCGGCAUCCCCCUCUUCCUCCUGGAGACCUCGCUGGGACAAUACACAAGCCUGGGCGGCGUCAGCGCCUGGAGGACUAUCUGCCCAUUAUUUGGGGGUACGCUUAUCUAACCGUCUGCUAUUUUCGGAUGCAGUGUGUGCUAUCGCUGGUUUGUACCAAAGAUUGUUAAUUGUGCCUGAUUUUGAUUCAGUUGAUGGUUUGUCCAUGGAUUACAAAAAAAGGCAUUUUCUUCAAGUCAGUGUGGACACAUUUUAAUACCUAGUUUGUUUUAAAAUUGAAAAGUAAUCAAUUUGAAAUAGUUUCUAAAUGUUGUCACAGGUAUCUAAGUAUUUUUUUUUGUACAGUGAUCUUUUUGGCAUUUACCCAUUUAAACUGUCAAUGUUAUACAUGAAAAACUUGAUUUUCUUUUCCACUGGUCUCCAACAGAGCUUUCAAAUACUGAGAGCUCUGUGUUCGACAUUGCAGUACUUGAUUUACGCAAACUGACGCCAAAAUCAGCGUCAAAGUGAAACAGAUUAAACACAUUCGUAACAAUCAUACCUAGGUCCAAAAUUUAUAUUGAAUAUUGAUGAAAACAUGCCUGCCUGGAUACUGUAGGUGGCCCCUCUUUAGCUCUGUGCAAUAGUAAAAGUCCUUAAUGUCACAGUCAACAAUAGUUUCAUGAAAACAGAACCUUAAAGGAACAGGAAAAGCAGCCAAACUGGACCUCCUGAAAACUUUAUGUGCUGUUGCAUUUACCAGGAAUUCGUGGAUGACAAUGAAUACUCAGAAUCAACCGUAGUAACUGCUUAUCAUUUUGACACAUGCACUCUUUUGCUCUGAAAUGUUAACAUUUCUAGUAAAUUACCAAAAACCAGAGCUCAUACGGCUGUCUAAAACAACUGUGGAAACAUUCAUGAAGAAGUUAGAUUAGUUUGUUUUCCACAUGCUGCCAACAGAUGAACUCACUGCCUCAUUUUUUCCCGUCAUCUGUCCACGCUUUGUUUGUGUACAUUUUGUUGCGUGGGGGCAGUGAGACCAGUUUUUAUGCUCUACCAAAUUUGCCAUGAAUCACAUGCCAGGCUGCAUGAAGGCUAAAGUAGUCAGAGAAUUUAUGCAUGAGAUAAUUUGACAGUUUAGAGCCAGCAUUCCUUCAGCAAGGACACAGAGAUGGAGGAUUUUUAUUUAACCUGCUUUGUGUGCUGAAUUUUUGGUGCACUUGCUGAGUUUAUCUACUUCCUUCAUGUCUGUAUGCGUUUAUCAGAAGGAUUCAAUUGCAGGUUUCAGACAGAAAUAAACAACAAGGGCAAAUCCAAAUGAGUUAGCAAACCACUGAAGUGAUUUGCAAGCUGCCACAUAUCAUGCAAAGUAAAUGACAGCAUACAGUGACAACUGCAGAGUAAUAAUUGGCUGUGGGAUGACUCCAUGCUCACCAACAUCUGUCAGCGUCUCCCCCUGUUUCCUCCAUCUCUCCUCAUUCUCAAGCCCUGUAGUAACAAUCUGUCCUUGAUCAGAAAGUGUGCUGUGCUGUGCCAGCUGCAUGCGUGUGCAGAUCCUAUCGAGUCUCAGCCGUUGUUUCAAAACAACUCCAGAGUGCCGAAGGCGACACGCAGCCUGCCGGCCAAUGACAAUACGCACUCCAGGAUGGUCGACUUUGUUUGUUUGGGAUCCUGUUGUCCAACCACGGAGUUCAAGUCAAGCAUUAGCUUAGUACACAAAAACAGCAGUGAUACGAAGCAUGAACCAUUAAGAGGAAUGAAACGCAAGAGCAGCAGUGAAACUCCAAAUGAAACUAUGUCAAAUAACCAAGAUGUGAUUGGUUAGUUUUUUUUGGAAGUAGGUACCGUUUAUUGACGCCUCAUUUCCCAUGAAUGAUGUGGUUCUUCAGUCACGUCUAUGGCAUGACACGAUAACAGUUAGCCUUGGAAGGUUUGGUUUAUGUUGCACAGAAAAACCAGUAUCAGAACCCACAGGCUGUUGUCUCAUUUUGAUGCAACCAACAGGUAACAAUCUAGGUUUUCAGGUACAGCAUGGGGUCGGACCAGGACCUCCUUUACCACUUACUACUUUUCCCUUGUGUUCAAAGCUAAUGUUGAAUCUGUUUUGAAGAAUAAGUGAUAAAAUAGAAUAACAACAUCUUGUAGCCAUUACAGCUUUUUACUGGCGAUGUGAUAUAAAAACCUUUAUAAUUGGCUGUAGUUUAUAAGGGUUGGAAUCACCAGCGGCCCCACGAUUCAAAGUUAUCACAAUACUUGGGCCAUGAUAUGAUAUUAUCACGAUACUUAGGCCACAGUACGAUAUUAUCACAAUACUUGGGCAACAAUACGAUAUUAUCACGAUACUUGGGCCACGUUAGGAUAUUAUCACGAUACUUGGGCAACAAUACGAUAUUAUCACGAUACCUCAGCCACGAUACGAUAUUAUCAUGAUACUUGGGCCACGUUACGAUAUUAUCACGAUACUUGGGCCACAACACGAUAUUAUCAGGAUACUUGGGCCACUGUAUGAUGUUAUUGUAAUACAUUGGCUACAAUACAACAUUUUUGCGAUUUUUAACAUUUUGCAAGACAGUGAGUAUUGUGAUACCAUAUAUUGCGAUUUAUACAUUUUUCAACUGUUAAGCUAAUUAAGCAUUUGUCUUUCCUUUAUGUUUGUCUUAUUUACACAGUCUUUUAUUUUCAUGUAACACAUCUUGCAAAUCUUAUGAGUCAGGUCCAUCUCAUUUGUGCCCUGCUUGCAUUCCUAAUGUCUUUCCCCAGGUGCUGCUAUAUUUGUUGUACCAACUUUCUCUUGCUCUAUGAUGUCACCUCUGCCAACCUCACUGGACGAACAGUUGAUUUUAUUUUUCUAUUAUCAUAGAUUUGACUUCAUAUUAGCAAUAAUUUGAAAAAAUUAAUACUUGGUCAAUGAGACAAUACGAUAUAUCACCAGACAAAAUAUUGCAAUAUUAUGCUGUAUCGAUUUUUUUCUCCCACCCCGAGUAGUUAACACCUAAAAAGUAGGAAAAUGUAACGAAAAGAGUACCCAAGGCUAAGUUAUCUGCUUGUAGUAAGGCUGUCACAUAAAAUGCAAUUAAUUUCAAUUUUAAUCACAUUUCACAACAGUUUUAAGUCCCUAUCUUAACUACUCACUAAUGCCCAGGGAUCCCUGGUUAGUACAAUAGCAUGUGCACUUUUCAGGAGUUCCAGUUAGGUUGGUGAUGGUUCAAUGUAUCACAACAUGCCAUCCCAAGAGUGACCCCUUAGACCCAAGUCCAGGGUUCCUACGCAAGUACAGAAAGUAUGGAAAAGUAUGUAAAAAAAUUUGAUCAAUUUCCAGGUCUUAAAAAGUAUGUAAAAUGAAAAAUAAAGUAUGGAAAAAUAUUAAUUACCACAGUUCUAAAAAACUUUUUUUCUCAAAUAGAAAAGUAGGUAUUUCCAAAAAUAAUUCUAAAAAGUAGGGUAUCUGAGCUCUGCAGGUUUUUAGGAUGCAGUUGCACCUGUACGCUUAGCUUGUAGGUGGAAGCUCCAACUCAAAACACAGAGUAAUUUUAACUCAGCAGCUGAGCUUCCCAAGAGAUAAGCUCAGUUUUUGAUUGCUUUUUCUAAGACUGAUAGUUGAGGUUAAUUCUUGCUUUUUAAAGCUUGAUAUGAGAGAUCUAAUCUAAACACAAAAGGUCCAUUUAGUCUAUUUUGGGAGCUUUGAUUGCUUCACAUGAUCUCCACCAUGUCAACUGGGCAUCUCCUUCUCGAACCUUUGUAAAUUGAUUCAGGUCUGCAGAACAGGGAGUGCGAUUGUUUCUUCGAAAGAAAGGUUCGACUCAAUAAGCCUGUAAAAGAACAGCCCUGGAGCAGAGUCAGUGUUACCAAAUGACAAUGAAGCUGCUUUUUCUGCCUUCUGCUCUUAAACACAGCUCAUGUAACUUUGCAGCGGUUCUCACAAAAGUUUCCAGCAGAGUAAGGAUCAUUUUCUUUACCUACCUGGCGGUGUGGAUGGCGGCGCUGAGUAACCAUAGGGAAGGAGAAGUCCUUCAAAAGGCUUAAACUGCUUAUAAAAGACAAAGUGUUCCUGUUAAACUAAUUACUGUUCAAUUCGGAGCCCUUGUAAAGCAGACCUUGGCAUUCUUUCUUUUCGAGCCCGCUCAAUGACAAAAAUGUAGAGUGUGCAGAAGUGCUGCUGGCUCCAUAUGGCCUGCAGAUGCACACAUACACACACACUUAUUCACACGCACACACCAGUGUUUUGUUGACGGCUACUAAUGUGAAGGCCGUGUGUGGAGCGUGAUGACAAACUGCAGAUACAGGCGCUGUGUAAACAUUUAUUUGUAUACAUACACAAACAAAGACAUGCUUCUGCGAGAAUUCCUCACUUGUUGGCGCAUUUCAUUUGCCGUCAUCAAAUAAAGGGCUGAAUAUGAUUAGAGGAGGCUACAAUCAACUACUUUGUCUGCCUUCUAACCCACUCAAGGCUUCAUAAGAGCGUCAUUCAGUCUCAAUGAGGAUAAACUAGAUGUGGGCUGCAAGUCAAGUGGGUGCUUAAUCUGCAACUGGAGGAUAAUGGAAUAAGUGUGCGCGAAGGCUUUGAAGCUGAUUAAUUUGUGUUCCAGCUUCUCUGUUACUAGAUUUACUUCUAUAAACCAUCUCUCUCAUCUCUCUGCAGGUCUGGGCUACGCCAGCCAGGUGAUGAUCCUCCACGGCUGUGUGUAUUACAUCGUCAUCCUGGCCUGGGCUCUCUUCUACCUGUGCUACAGCUUCCAGGCAGAGUUGCCCUGGUCGCACUGCAACAACACCUGGAACACCGGUCAGUGCAGACUCAGUACUUUGUGUUAGAAGUCUAUGCAGGACCCCAGAUCCAAAAAAAGGUGCACCUAAAAUUGGGUUCUCUCGAUACGAUAUUGAUGUUGGAUAUUGGUCCGAUAUCGGCAAAAAAAACGGCCUGCAUCUAAAAUCUCCGAUACCAGCACUCUGAUACAAGCAGUCCAUGCCAGACUCCGCUCUGGCACCUCUAUCUAGCAGCACCUUUAACCAGCAAGUUUAGCCCAAAAAUCACAACAACAGUGUGAAAAACUUGUCUUGCACAAUUUAUUGCCGAUAUCGGUAUCAGUCAGUAUUGAUGGCUACAAUAUCGGAAUCGUAUCGGAAGUCAAAAAAAUGUAUCGGGACACCCCGAAACUAAAAGGUUGAUAUUUAUAUAUGCUCAUUUUGUACUUAAUGUUAGCAAAAACGUUCAAAAGAGUGAGACAUGUAAGGUAAGAAAUCAUCAGCUGAUUUUCUCAUAGACCUCCAUGCAAUUUUCCCCUAAUGGCGAGCAGAGGUACUGCAGUCUUUUUAUUUUACACCCUGUGACUAAACCUACCUCUCAAAUCAGUCUAGACAGGAUAUCGGAGGCCGGUCUGCUAUGUUAAAGGUGGAACUGUACCUGUGCAGGUCUAAAGUGUGUGUGUUCUCAUACAGAGUCGUGUUUCCUCUUUGACCGCCACAACCAGUCAGCCAAUGAGAGCAGCCUGCCUGAGAACGCCACCUCUCCCGUCAUGGAGUUCUGGGAGUGAGUGUAGCCUCCUUGGUUCCCGCCUGUGGUGAAUUUUUGCCACCUUAUCGCGCAUUAACUUCAUUUCUGGUGUGUUUGUUUUGUGUAUGUGUGUGUGUGUGUGUGUGUGUGUGUGUGUGUGUGUGUGUGUGUGUGUGUUACAGACGGGAGGUGCUCCGGCUCUCCAGCAGUUUGGACGAGUUGGGUCCAGUGAGCUGGAAGCUGGCUGUGUGCCUGGCGGUGGUCUGGUUCGUCUGUUACUUCUGCGUCUGGAAGGGAGUGAAGUCCACCGGAAAGGUGAGCAGGAAACACAGCGGGGUCCUUACGCUGCGGGAGGCUGACGGCUGAACUUCCACGAGCAAGGAAGUUACAUUAUCCUCCGCGUUCAGUGGCCAUAUGCAUACUGAACACAGUGCUUAAAGGGAUAUUCCGGCGUAAAAUUAGGGCAGGGUCAGAGUUAGACACCCCCUUGAGAGAUGGAUUUUGUUUAUUGCUUCCUUCUCUAGUUAUACCAACUUUAGUAACGACCGCACUAUAGCAAUACACAGCGGUCUACGUCUCCACACACAAACCUCAACCAAAAGACCACUCUAUAGCCACAAAUAAUGCUCAGAACAGCACCUAACUUCAUCAACAGUACAUACAGGGUCCCAGUCACAGUAGAAGCCACCAAAUAUCUCUCUAACUUUGCCUAAUUUCUUUAGUAGUUCUUUAGAGUGCAGCGGAGUUUCGCAGCUCAAGAAAGAACAUUUCUGAUCAUUACUUUAUGGAUAUGCAAUCAGACAGAAGAACUACCAUGUCUGCAAUGCAAAAUGAUUGUUAUGAAGAUUAUUACUUCAUGUAAUUGAUCUGCUGCACUCGGUGAUCAACUCCUCAAGGCUCCCCCACAAACAAAUGGCUGCUGGAAGAGAGUAGGUGAGUUGUGUUUGGUCCCUGUAUGUACUGUUGUUGAAGUUAGGUGCUGUUCUGAGCAUUAUUUGUGGCUAUAGAGUGGCUUUUUGGUUGAGGUUUGUGUGUGGAGACGUAGACCGCUGUGUAUUACUGUUGUGCGGUCGUUACUAAAGUUGGUAUAACUAGAGAAGCAAGCUGUCAGCAAUAUUCAUCUCUCGAGGGGGUGUCUAACUCUGUGUUACAGUGUGUUUGAUGAUAACUUAAAUUUAUGCCGGAAUAUCCCUUUAAGGGUUGGGUAAAACUAACAUUUUUAAAAUUUUCCAGCAGUUUUUCUAGCGCACAUUACCUUUAUGUGUACUGCAAAUUGUAUCACAGAGAUGUGUCAAUAUGCAUUAAACCAGGCCUCUUCCAGUGACAGUGACUUAUUUCAUUUUAUUAAAAUAACAAAAAUGGUGGAAAAGUUCGAAACAGAGCAUCAGUCUCCCUCUUUCAUGGCUGCUUUUAUUUCGUCGGGCGUGUUUGUUUUGUCACUUCCGGCAUCCGUCAACAGCUUUUACAAACUCCACAACUUUCAAAGGUUUCCCUCUUUUAGCAUCUUAGCUCUGUUUGAGGACGCCACACACCCUGUCCUCUUCUGUUUACUCUGUCCCCGUACCGUCCUGACCACAUCCCCCUCCUCCUCUCCCUGCGCGCUGUGUACAUUCUAGGUGGUGUACCUGACAGCCACCUUCCCAUACGCCAUGCUGUUUGUGCUGCUGAUUCGCGGUACCACCCUGCCCGGAGCGAGCCAGGGCAUCAUCUACUACCUCAAACCCAACCACACCCGCCUGGCAGACCCACAGGUACACUCACGAACUCGCACUUUGGACGCAUUUACACGACACUAAAAAAAAAGUCUCUGCUGGAGUCUGCAGAAAGCGCUCCAGUCAUUCUUUCAGAGGGUAAAGCUGCACACAGGUAGGGCUCUCAGGUGAGCUGUUAGUGAUGAUGUGUUUAUCGAGGUGAACGGUGAGCUGAGUAGAAACUAAACAAGACUCUUAAACCAGAAGAAGUGUUCUAAUAAGUCCCCCGUUGUCUCGCUCUUGUCUCCUGUCCUCUGUUCUCUCCACACAGGUAUGGAUGGAUGCAGGUACCCAAGUAUUUUUCUCGUACGGGAUCUGUUUGGGGAGUCUCACAGCGCUCGGCAGUUACAACAAAUACAACAAUGACUGCUAUAAGUGAGACACUUUGUCAUGCAUGAAACACACAACAGUCUUUUGUAGCUUCUGAUGGUCUCCUUCCAGGCCCUAAACCCACUCAGUGAAAAGUAAAAUGUGAGCCGGCUCUGGUCUGGUCAGAUGGCUUCCACAAAGAAUGGCUGGAAUGGACAGAGAAAACACACUGAUACAGCCACACCUUAAAGAAAGGCCUGGCUGCCAUGUUUCCCACACUUCACUACUCCCACACACACACACACACACACACUCAGGAGGAGCCAGGCACUUAACUCCGGGCUGGUAUUUACAGUAACAGGCUAGAGCUCCCCAGUUCAAGGCCAAAAACCAGGAUUAAAACCCCCCCUGGACUCGGUUGUGUGCCACUUUGACCUAACACACUUUUGGCCUGAGUGUGAAACUGUUUUUAUCUGAUUCCUCCAGAUUUGUGUCCCACUUUAAGACCAUGUUAUCUCCGUUCCUGCAGGGACUCUUUCCUCUUGUGCCUCCUGAACAGCAGCACCAGUUUCCUGGCAGGUUUCGCCAUCUUCUCGGUGCUGGGCUUCAUGGCUGAGGAGCAGGGCGUGGACAUCGCCACUGUGGCCCAGUCAGGUGAGAUGAAAUGGGAAAAACAAGAUCGCCAAACUGACCCAAACCAUCAAACAGGAAGUAGUGUUUUAGAAGGCUGUAGCUGCACUAAAUAAUCAGUAAAUCCAUGUCUUGUUUUGGUUUCCUUCAGGCCCUGGUCUUGCCUUUAUUGCCUACCCCAGAGCUGUAGCCAUGAUGCCGGUACCCCAGCUGUGGGCCGUCUGCUUCUUUCUCAUGAUCAUCAUGCUGGGGCUGGACACACAGGUAGCUGACUCUGAAGACUGUGAUUAAUUUUUAUUUAGGAAGUGUUAUUUGAGCGAAAACUGACCCAGACUUUCGCUCCAUCGUCCUCCAGUUUGUGAGUCUGGAGGCCCUCAUGACGUCAGUGACGGAUUUGUACCCUCACCUGAUCCGACGAGGACACCGCAGAGAGCUGCUGCUGAUGUUUGUCUGCAUCAUCUGCUUCCUGGUCGGGCUGGUCAUGAUCACGCCGGUACGCACGCUCAGGAUCAAACGUUUGUGCUUUUGUCAGUUUAUGCAGAAUCAGAUCCAGAGUGAUGUGUUUUUCCUCUCUGUUUGGUGCAGGGGGGUCUGUACGUGUUCCAGAUCUACGACCAUUUCUCCUGCAGUGGAGCCAGCCUGCUGCUGCUCUCCAUCUUUCAGUCUCUGGCCAUCGGCUGGGUCUACGGUACGAAUCUCAAAACUCUCUUUGUUGAGUACUUCUCUUCUUUUUACUUCUUCUUUUCUUUUCUUUCCAUGUUUUUUCUCCUCCUCUCCUUUUUUCAUUCAUUAACUUUUCACAAUGUCCUCUUGUCCUCUCUUUUUUUCCCCAACUCCUAAUUUCUUCUUUCCUUCUGUGUCCUACCCCUUUAUUUCUUUGUCUUUCCUUUUCUUUUCUGUCUUUUUCCUUCUUUACCUUUUCUUUUCUUGCCUUUCUUUUCCUUAUGUUCUUUUCUUUACUCUCCUUAUUUCCUUUUCUUUCUUUUUCUUUCUUUCUAUUUUCUUUUCCCCUUUUUAGGUCCCUUACUUUUCCCUCCUUUUCUUUCUUUCUUUCUUUCAUCCUUUCAUUCCUCUCCUUAUUUUUUUUCCUUUCCUUCCCUUUUCAUAUUUCUCAUCCCUUUCUUUCCUUUCUUUUUCUUUCCUUUCCUCAUUUUUUUCUUCCUUCCUUUUUUUUUACUUUUCAUAAUGGAUUUUUUCUGUCCUUUUCCUUUCCUUAUUUGGUCUUUCCUUUUCUUUUUAAUCCUUUCAUUCUUAUCUUUUUUCAUUUUCCCUUGCUACCUUUUUCUUUCUUUUCUUUAAAUUUUGAUUCAUUUUGUCUUUUCAUUUCUCUUUCUGUCGCCUGUCUUUUCUCUCUCUUUUCCUCCCUUUUAUAUAUCCCUCUCUCCUUUCCUUUCCUUUCUUACAUAUCCUUCCCUCUCUCGUAUCUCCCAUUGUCUCUUCUCUUUUACAGCCUCAAACGUUCCUCUUUUCCUUCUUUUCAUUACUCUGAAUUUUGUUGAUCCUUUCAUUUAAAACUCAUUUAAUUCAUUAAAAACGUCCUGCCAUCGCCUCAUGUCUGACUUUCAUUAAGUUCUGUUGGAGCUCAUUAGUCUGACAGUAGGACACCCAAUUCUGCCAAAUUAGAAAAAGCUUAAAAAAUGCAGAAAAUAAAACCUAGGAACAGCGCCAAGAGCCCAACACUUUUUUUUUUUAUCCCUCCACUAAUGAAAGUAGUUCCUUCAAUCUGAUAAAAACACAAUAGUCCACUUCCUCCCUCCUUUGCAUUCCAGUGCAAGUCAGUAGACAGUAUAUUAACAUGGCUGCAGCUACCCACUGUUGUAAGGAGACUGGCUCCCAGCCAGGCCCCUGUCUGUCUCCUCCGGGCCCUAAAUCAGCCCCGGGCCCCGUCGCCUCUCAGUCUCAGUCUGGCGGCCCCAGGGAGCCCACAUCUCAGUCAGACCUGGAGCUUUAGAGCAUUAAGGAAUCAUUGUUUGUUUAAGAGUGAGAUGAUGUGUGUGUGCCAUCUAUCAGUCUUUGUUUUGAUAGGAGCUCAGCUUUUCAAAGUAUUAUCUGUCGUCACUCAUCGGCUGACUUUAGCAAGUGGACCAUGACGAGUUUUCAAAACAAUGAAGUUUACGAAGAAGUGGUGAAAUACUGAGAUUAACUUUUGCUUUAAUGCUGCUAAUGAUAUAUAAAAAUUAAAAAAAUACACUGAUAGAAAAAUGUGAACUCGAGCAGAUUUGACCAAAGAGUCCAGCAGGUUAGCGGACAGUGUGUGUGUUAGCCUGUGAAUACCAAGGACGCCUGUUUUUAUGGCGCUCCCAGCAGUAGGUGAACUCAGCAGCAGCAGACUUGAGGAGAGGGGUUGUAAGUGGACUGGGUAACACGGCGGUCAGGACUCGAGUGCACCUCUCCUGCCCCCCUUUUUUUAUGACUGUGGGAUUUUACAGUCGCUUAAGUACCCGAGCAUACGCCGACGCUCUCCUGCUGCCCAUAAUUCGGCUUCCCUGAAUGAAGGCCACUGCUUAAAGUGUGUUGAUUUAGAAAAGUGACACCUACUUAUGCUAAAAUGGGUGAUCAAAAUGUGAAAACUGAUCCGCCAAUAAAACAGGGAGUUUGAAAAUAUAGCACUAAAACUUAAAUAUUAGGGCAAGUAGAAAGCGGUGCAAUUGAAGCUUUAUCAGAAUUCAAAAUCAGUCAUUUUUGUUUGUUUUCAAUCAUCUGUUUCUUCACCAAAACUACUUUAAGUCCCACUCCAAUUGUCUAUUUUUUUGUUUUUUUACUACUUAAAGUGUUAUUAGUGGUCUUUAAGUUCUGAUUAUGAAUUUUCUUCUGCAGAGCUCCAGUAGAUCAUUAGCAAUUUGCCUAACAUUGUUGGUGUAGUAGGAGUAGCUGGUAACAUAGGAGCUAUUCAGUUCUCGGACACUAAUGUCCUUAGGACAUUGCAAUCUGCUAAUGCACACGCUUGUUCCGCAAUCGUCUUCUAUAUUUCUCACAGUCCAGCCUGCAUAGCGGGGCCCCGGAGGCGGAGCUUGGAUUAGCUACGUAGAAAUACUGAAUUUGGAAAUACUAAGAAAAGCAAUUUCGCUUUUAGUUUCAGUUUAGCUUUUAGUCAUGUAAACAUAUAAAAAACAAGAAAAACAUGAUUUUGAUCGAAGUGGGUCUUUUAAAGUGAGUUUUAAAGCUAACUGACACACAUAACCCUUUUAUUACCUCGACUUUUACCACAGAAACAUUUCAACUGAACGGCUGAAUCAGUGUUUCUCUUCCUCUGUGGUGGUUAUACUGGCGAAAAUACUGGUUUUCAGUCACACAGCCAAACCAAACCACAACCACACUCUUACUGGAGUUGUUCUUGUUUCGGCCCUCAGGAGCAGAGCGCUUCAGCGACAACAUCAGGGACAUGACGGGCUACAACCCUCUGCCUGUCUUCAGACUGUGCUGGAAAUACUUGACCCCAGCUGUGUGCACUGUGAGUAACCCCCUCCCUGCUGUCCUGCCUUCACACUGCUCAGCCUCUGCUUGUUAUGAAAUAAUAUACACAAAAACUCGUGCUUUGAAUAUUUGACAAAUCCCUCUACGUCUGUCUGUUUGUCUGCCUCCCCUAUCAUAUAAGGUCUCUUUAUAUGUUGAAAUACUUACAAUAUAUAAACCCAUAUGUGUUUGUUUUAUUGCCCUGCUGUAACCCCAGUUCCAAGAAAGUUGGGAAACUCUGUACAAUGCUGAUAAAACAGAGUUUGAUGGUUUUCAAAUCAGUCAAACUCUUAUUUUUAACUGAAAGAAGAGCACGGACAAGCUAUCAAGUGUUGAAGCAAUAAAGUGUUAUUUUGUCUAUAAUAUUACGCCCGUGUUCACUUUGAUACCAGCAGUAGGUCUAAAAAUAGGCGGGAGAGCGUCAACACAACACUAAAAAAGUUGCGUAACGCAAAUAGAAACACCUGGAGGAACAUUUUUUCAAGAGUUGGGUGAUUUAACAACAUGUUUGUAACAGGAAUGGGUAUUAAAAGUUCAUUUAAGAGAGACUGAAAAGAUGGGAAGAGGUCCAAAAUACUGUGUCUUGUGGCAACACCAGAAAGCAGAUUGGUUUUAAGAUUAGACAAGGAAGUAUGAUGGUGCUCCUGAAGCGGAUUUCAUGACUCUGCUGCAUAAACACCACAGACACCACUUUAUUUCCUCAAGUAUUGUCGCAGUGAAAGCUCAGAUGAGAAUGGUACCACUGUGUCAUCCUUCAUCCACCCCUUUUCCGUCCCCUGCAGGCGACCUUCAUGUUUUCUUUGGUGCACUGGUCUCCUUUGAAACUGGGGAAGGGUUUGGUCGCUCCACCUUGGGCCACCACACUUGGCUGGAUCCUCACGCUCUCCUCCGUCUCCCUGCUCCCUAUCUGGGCCAUCUACGCUUUGGCCACCACCCCGGGAACUCUGUCACAGGUUACACCAGCACCAUUUUACCUGUUUCUGCCUUGUGAUAAAGAUUUGAAGGUUGAAAAAUUAACUCACUGUGAUUUUUGACCCUUCAGCGGUUUCAACAUCUGUGCACCCCCUCCGAGAAGCUACCCCUGGCCCUGCGGCACUUCCCCUCCAGCAACUCCUCGCUGCCCUACAGCUCUGCUCUGCCCUUGACUGACAAGCCAAAGGAGCCAAUCACAGACAUCAUCCAGGACCACACGACCUGAUAGUGGUCAGUGAUGACGAACUGUUGGUCAGCCGAUCAGGUGUGGCCAAGGGGAGGGUCCGAAGGUUGGCUGCUGAGUCACAAUUCAGCGGCUGGACCCUCAAAAAAAGGAGUGAGUGUCUUAACGGAGCGCGGAGGCAAGAAGAUCCGACAAAUGGAGUGUUGUUCGUCUGAAUAUGGAGGACACCUUUGCAGCAAUCAGUUUCCCACAAUCCACUGCAAAUAGGUCGAACAUUCAGGUGAUCAGACAUUACAUUUCGGUGAUUUCUGGGUUUUUGUUUUCAGACCUGUGAAUUGAAGUUGAUGUUGCAUAUUUUAACCUUUUUAAGAACUGCAACAUUUUCAACCGGCCUUUAAACACAGAGAGCGAAAUCAUCAAACAGCAUCUGUAGAACACUAAACUUCGCAGUCACCACCUGAACGCACCCUCGUUUUCUGUGUUUAAAGAUAGUCGCAUCAUGUGCAAGAAGCAAUAAGCUCACCCGGCGGCUCUUUCCGAGGGUCCAGCCCUGAUUGAGACGCAGCUCGCUGUACCGUUAAGACCUGCCCUAGCCGCCCUGUUACCGGCUACCAGACUUUGUUGUUGUUGAACAGCACACACUCCUCAAUCUCUCGACAACAUAUCUGCUGAAAAUCUUAAGCUUCUCUUUGUUUUACUAACUGAAUCACUGUACUUUAGGACCAUGUAAUCACAGCCCCUACAACCGUCAAGCAUCACAGAGUAACUCAAACUAUCAUUUUACUCUCUGAGAGAUCACAGCUUACGUGAGCCCGUCUAGCUUAGCUCCGAGUCUCUAUUUUUACAUUUGAAAGGACUUUCUGUGUCGUACUUUUUUACACAGGGAUCUGUUUGGUCUUAUUUUCUUUUUUUUUUGAGGCCUCAGCCUCAGCAAGGUUUGAAUGGUUCAUAACAUGCCUUAGACUCUGAACAAGUGAUGCUCAUGCAAGAGUCGAAUUAUCCAAAUGAAACUGUUUACACACAUGCCGUUUAACUUCAACACCGAAAGGAUCAUAAAAAUGCAAAGUGAGUGCUAUCAUUUAUCAAACUGGACUCGUGAUAGAGAAAAUAGUGAGCAGGAAAGGGUUUUGUACUUUAAAAAUUCUCCGUUUCGGAUUGCGGAGGAGAAUUUGGGCCUCAUGUAAGGAUAUCCUGAGGUCUAAACAUUCUGACUUGACUCACUGGAGACAAAUAAAAUUUAAGUUUCAGAAUAACGAUGUGAAGCGAAGGUGAAAGUUUAAAAUACCUAAGAGGGAAUUCUGCGACUAGAAUCAAAUAAAUCUGAAUUUAAAGAAAGAAUUUUGAGACUAAAAUUGUUAAUCUGCGGUUAAAGUUGCAGAAAUUUUUUGAAAUGACUCAAAAUUCUUAGUUUACAUUUGAUUUAAUUCAUUCAGGGGAAAAGUUCGUAAAAGUUAAGAGUUGAGAAUUUUUUUCGGAUGGAAUUCUGAGAGGAAAAAAAAAAGAAUUUCAAGAUCAAAGGCACAGAAUUCUAAAAUGUAAACGAGCGUUAACGAGCGUUUGAGUUUUGUACAGAAAGUCGGAAACUUGAUUCAACUUGAUUCAACCGAAUGAACUAAAUUUGGAGAGUAGAGGCAGAAUCUUGCAGAUAGAGUCAAAUGUCUUGUCCGAAUUUGUAGUAUUUGGGAAAAAAAUCUUAAAGUUUUAGAUUAAAAAUCGGAAAUUAAAGAAAAUUUCUGAAAUGACUUUAAAUUCUAAGUUUACAUUUGAUUUAAUUCAUUCAAAGGAAAACUUUGUAAAAUUUUCAACUCAAGAGUUGAGACUUAAGGAAUUCAGCCGGAAUUCUGACAAGAAAAAACUGAAUUUCAAGAUCAGAGGCACAUAAUUCUAAAAUGUAAACGAGCGUUAACGAGCGUUUGAGUUUUGUACAGAAAGUGGGAGACUUGAUUCAACUUAACAUGUCAGGCAAAAUCUGAAUUUGGAAUAAACUGAAUUCGGAGAGUAGAGACAGAAUCUUGCAUAUAGAGUCAAAUUUCUUGUCUGAAUUUGGAGCAUUUGGGGGAAAAUUCUAUAAAUUUUAGAUUCUAAAUCGUAAAUUGAAGAAUAAAGUAAAAAUUCUGAUUGUCUUUUCAUUUUCGUGAUUUGUCUAAAUUUAAAACUUCAUUUUCUGAGAUAAAGUUUAGAAUCUGAAUUGAGAGUGUAUAUUUUUACCACACAGACAAAAGUCUGAGAAAACUGUUCAUCCAAAGAAACUGAGUUUGAAACCAAGUUUAUCGUCAGAAAUUGAAUUCAGAAUCAGAGCUCAGAGAAAUGUUCUUUCCCCUUAAACAAACGCACAAAUUUCAAGUAGGCAUUACUGACACAUCUUUGCACUGUACCAAAAAAAAACAACUAUCGCUAAUAGAGGUGGGAAACAUGCAAUCAAAAAUCAGAAUCAGCACAAGGUCAAUGAAAAUUAAAACACUGCUGCUGUCGACAAAAAUAGCAAAUGGUUUUGUAUUCUAUAUCCGAAAUAUUUAACUUUAGAUAUUUAAGUAGGUUUUUACUAACUGCAAAAGAGUCCAUGGCACUCCAAGACCUUAGAGGACAUGACAGAUUCUUUGACUGUAACAUGAAUGAUGAUAUGCAGUAGAGCCUUGAAGUGGCGAAUAAAGAAAUCACGUGGAGGUAGUGAGGGGAUGUUUAUAUUUCUAAGAAGUGAAUGCAGUAUGUAAAUGUGACAAAUGAUUACAGUUUUGUAGAAAUGUUGAAAUAUGAUUGUCCUUGUCAUGAUGAAAAACAUGCGUCUCUGAAUGAAAGACAAGCAGACGUCUGUAUACCUUCCUCACACAAAAAAACGAUGCUUAUCAUGUUAGACAAAAUAACUUUUAAGUCAUUCGUCACGCUGGUUUACAUUCAUCAUUUAUCAUUUAGAGAGCAGACUUUUUAUUAAAGACGGUAUUUUUAAUAAUUUAUUUUGUCCUUCCAGUGUCUUGAAAGGGUUUAAGUUUUAAAUCUCCAUUGGUUUACUGUGCUCAAAGUCAGGACAGACAGGGGACGGAGUGCUCUCUGCUGCGGGAAAAACUUCUGUAAAUCAACAAAACAGAAAAAGCCCCGAGGAGAGGAAAUAUUUUCUGGUUUCUUACACAUUCGAAGAUAAAUCCCCAGCUCUACAGUUUGGUAGGCUUUGUGAGAUGUUAGUAAAAACAGAUUGUGAUUGUUAAGAGGUAUUUAAGUCUGAGAUUUGAUUGAAAAUUGUGCAGAGACAACACAUCAAAUGUUGAAACAAGUAGUUAUUCAUUCUUUUAUUUUAGCAGGACAAGGGUAUGGUUAAAGUUUAGGAACUGAGGAGACCCGGUUUUGGAGUUCGGAAAGUUUUGAAAGUGUUCUCCGUUCCUACCUGAUGUGGAAUUCAAGCUGCUCGCCAGUUGAAUUCCACAUCAGAGUCAUGUCCGUUUUUAGCGCGUUGCUGCCUAGUGGUUUUGUAGAGUCUCUGAAUGUUUUAAAAUGACAUUAUCUACUCUGCUAUUAUUGUGCGGAGGAAUAAAACUCCAAAACUGUUGAACUAUUCGUUCAUGCAGUCUCUUGACCCAGUCAUGUUACCAACCUGCUGCAGAUGAAUCUCAAUGGGGGCUCCCCCUACAUGCAAAAGUAGAUCUGAACGUUUUUAAUGGAAGUAAUGGCGUGUACUUUCACGCCUCCUUAGCAUCGGAAUAGAAAUUUAGCAAUACGUGCGCUAGGCUCAAAAUUCACCCUCAAAAAAGAGUUAGAAGAGCAUGACCGCAAAGAGCAUGACAGCGAUGUAGGAGAAUGGACGUAGUAUUCGAUCGUGUGUUUUAAAGAGUCAAUGGUUUGCCACUACACUGUCCUCAAAAUAAGGAUGCAGAGAAGCUCCUUUUGUAUCUGUAUAUGCGUAUUUAACCAUGUGCAAAUGAGUCUUAAGAUGAAAGAUGACCUUUAGUUUUUUUUGAGCAUUGCAUCCAUGUCACAACAGUUUUUUUUACUUUUUGAUUUUUUUUGCAUCUUGAUGGCGUCAAACUUUAAAUGAGCGUUUUAUUUACACAAAGCAAAAAAAAUUAAAAAUUCCAGUUUCAAUGUUUGACAUGUUUGUGCACUGGAUUCAAUUAGAUACUGAGUUUAAAUAUUUUGCAAAUUUACUUUUUAUCAUCGUUCUACAGAGUCGUAACUUCUCUGGAAUAGGGGAUGUCGUUAAAUUCCAUAUGCAACCUUUGAGUUAAUCCAGCGGGACGUAGAAACCCUUCUGGUAUGUUUUGAAGAGUCUUUCAUUUUACUUGAAAUUGAUCCUAGUGUUAUCUCUGUUUACAGGUGUGUAUAGAUGUGCCUCUUUAUUUGAAUAUGGCCUUCUUUUGUAUGUGUAUCAUUAUUUUUAAAUGAAUAUACAUUCAUGGUGAAUACGA